AUGGACUACAUAGAAAGAAUAAAAUCUAAAAAUUGGAAAGAAAGGCAAGAAGUUUAUUUAGAACUAGGAAAUCAUUUUAAAGAGGGUAAAAACCUUGAAUUUUUACAUUUACUGCAAAAUGAAACUAAUAUACCUGCAUUGGAAUCUGCGAUAGAUUCUAUUUUAAAGGCACCUAUAAUUUCUACUUCUGCUGUAAGUAAAAUAUUUUUACAAAUAGGAAAUAGUAAGACAACAAUAAAAAAUAGAAUAUUUAAUUUAAUUGAUAAUAUUAAAGAUUCUGAUUUGGUACCUACACUUGUACAAUUGUUAAGCAAUAAAAAUCCUAAGAUAGUAAGUAAUACACUUAUAUCAUUAAAUAGAUUGUAUGAAAAUAACAAAAACCUGCCUACACAAGAUUCAUUGGAAGCUUUAAAUCUUGUAUUAGGACAUUCUGACAGUGUUGUUAGAAGUGAAGGAUUAAAAUUUACUGUUUUAUUAUAUAAAAUUGUGGGAAAUGAAGUUAAGAAAUAUUUAAAUAUAAAACCAAUACUACUGAAAGAGUUAGAAGAAGAAUUUAAUAAAAUUUCGCCGCAAUCGGAAAGUAUUUCUGUUGAUUUGGACUAUAGUAAAAUUAAUGAUUCUAAAUGGAAUAUAAGAGUAGAAGGAUUGACACAAUUAUUGAAUAGUCCUUAUAACGAUAAUAUUGUAGAUGUGCUAUUUCAGAGAAUUAAUGAUCCAAAUAAUCAAGUAUUUUUUUUGGUAUUAGACGUUAUUUAUAAAUUUAAAGUUAAAGAUAAAAAAAUAAUAAAUGGUCUUAUAGAAAGACUUAAAGAUAAGAAAAUGUGUAUAACAGAUAAAAUAAAGAAAACACUUAUACAUGUGGGUGUAGAGCAUAUAAAUACACAAUAUUUUAUGUUAAAAAGUCCUGAGUUAAAAGCUAAUUUAAUUGAAGUGUGUACAGAAUGUAAAAUUAUUGAUAAAGAAGUAAUAAAAUGUAUAAUUAAAUGUACUGAAGAUUCUAGUAGUAUGGUAAGAAAUAAAGCUUUUGAAGCUUUAAGAAUGCUUGAUUAUGAUAAAAAUUUACUUAGUAGCGAUCUAAGAAAAAAAAUUAAUCCAAAUGAAACCAGUACAAAUGUAAUAGUAGGAAAUAAAAUUGCACCUGUACAAUUUACAAAAAAGAGCAUAACACCUAUUAAGAAGAGUAUAACACCCAUUAAGAAAAUUGUUACACCCAGUAAACAGAAUUUCACGAAAAAAUAUACAAAAAAAGGACAACCAGCUAUAAAUAAAGAAAUUUUAGAAUCAUUUCAGUCAAAAUAUCCAUUUAUUUUAGAUAAAACCUGGACAGUGAGAAUUGAAGGAAUUAAUGCAAAUAAGAAAUAUCUACUUAAAGAAGAUCUUUUAGAUUUUGCACGUUUUUUGUUUAGCGUAAAAGAUCCAAAUUUCCAGGUAAAUAUUUUAUACUUAAAUUUAAUUAUAGAAAGAAAAGCUGAGCUUGUUACAUUUUUAGAUGUACAAGAAGUGUUAAUUUACUAUUGUGUUGAUAAGUGCACAGAAGCUAAAAUGAAAAGUAAAAUACUUGAAUUAUUCGGUGUUUUUAACAGAUCUCUUGUUAUAGAAAUAUUAGUAGAAGUAAUUUGUCUUGUAAAGAAAGGUAAAAAAUUUGUAGAGUUAGUAAAAUUACUGUCUGAGUACCACAAAAAUGAAAGGGAAAUAGAAGAUGUGUUUAAAGUUGGAGUUACGGGAUUACAAGAAAAAAAAGCAGUAGAGGGUCUAAAAAAUACAUUUAAAGUACAAGAUAGUAGUUUUAUUUUAGAUGUAAAAAAUGAAGAAGGCAAAAGUGUUAAUAUAUCUUGUGAAAGUAAAGAACAAAAUAGCUCAUUUUUACAUGAACCUAAUGAAAAUUCAAGGGUACAAAAUGAUUCAAAAUGUUCUGAUCACUCAAGUAAAACAACAAAUGUUAAUUUGUUUGAACCAUCACCAGCUUCCAAUUCUGCAAUUGAUAUUAUAAAUUUGAUAAAUGAAAAAAACGUAGAUACUAUUUUUAGUCUUCUGGAUUCAUUAGAUCUUAUUAGUCACUCUUCUAAGAUUAUAGAAAUGUCUAUUUACAAAGAUGUACAAUCUACCUUUUUCAAUACAUUAAUGAUACAUUUUGUAUCUAAAAAAUAUAUUUUAUCUAAAGAAGAGUGCCAGACACUUGUAAAACAUUAUCUUUCUAAAGGUUUUUAUGAAGAGUUAAAUAUGAUUGACAGAGUUUAUCCUUUAACAAAAUUAUUUUUAAUACUUAAAAAUAUUUUAGUAGACACUAUAUCUGAGAAAUCAGAGCAUUGUAUAGUGUCUUUACUAAAAAGAUAUGUAACAGAUUCCAACUCAGAGAUAAUUAAAGAGAAUAUUAAAAAUAGUGAAAAUUUUUUAGAUUUUUUAGAUAAAUGUAAUAAUAAAUCAACAAUUUACAAAGAUGCACCUAAGUUUAAUACUUGUGUUUUUGGAACACCUGUUAAAGACGUAAAAGUUAUAAAUAAUAUAACAAAAAUAACAAAUAAUAUGACAGACUCAAAAGAUGAGAAUAAUUUACCAGAUACAAAAAAUAAUAUGACAGAAACAAAAAUAAAAAAUAAUAUGACAGACGCAAAAGAUGAGAAUAAUUUACCAGACACAAAAAAUAUUAUGACAGAAACAAAAAUAAAAGGUAAUCUGGCAGACACAAAAACAUUCAAUAAACUUAAAGAACCUAAAUGUAAUUCUAUUCCAUUGAAUCUUAUAGCACCUUCUGUAUUUGAAGCUAAUGAUUUAAAUAUUGACAUUGAAACAUCACUAGAUUGUUUAAAUUUAUCAGGAGGAGCACGUUUGACUCCAAAUGCUAAAAAGUUCAGAAAGGAAUUUUUCAGUCCCAGAAAAAAUGUAGAAAAUUUAGAAGACAUUCUUGAUAACAUUAUUGACUCAGAUCAAAAUAAAAGUGAGGAAGCUUUUAAAAGGUUAUCUGAAAUUAUUAAUAAUGACAUUAAUGUUGUACUAUUUUCUGCCAAUUCUAUUGUUUCAAGUAUAUCAAUACAGCUUCUAGAUGUUUUACAUAGACCUUUGUAUGCAAAGUUAAUUUUAAACGUUUUACUAAAAUUAAGUCAAAGCAGAAUAUUUUGUGAACAAAUACGAAAAGAAAUAUUAGAAAGUGUAAAUGUAGAUUUAAUAAAUAUUAUAAAGAAUGAAGAUUUAUCCGAUGUUGUUAGUGAUAUUCUUACAAAUUUGUGUCUUAAUUGUAAGAUGAGUGUUAUUUUAGAGGUAUAUUUCCGAUUGUUAGAUUCUUCUUCUGUGGUAAAAAAUGAUAUACCACUGAAAUUAAUCUGGCGACAUUCAAAAUCUAUAGAUUUUAAGAAUACAGAAGAAAUACAAAGAAUGUUUCAAAUCCUAGAAGAAUUCUUUAAAAAGGCUGUUUUUACUGAAAUAUUAGAAAAUACAACAACUUUUAAGAUAUCAAUUUUACAUUUAAGAGAAUGUUGUGUGUAUUUUCAAGAUAAAAUUGGGAGAUUUAAUUUGGGAAAGUAUAUUAAGAAAAUAAUUGAUAAAAUAUUGAAUGAUGAUGAUAUUAAUAUUGGUGUGGUAAGAGUUAAAUAA